GCAGUUAGAUUGGUAAUUUAUUGUGGAUGUUCAAGUUAAUCCUGUUAAUCAGCUGCGAUCUGUAAGGGUAUUGUAGAUAUAUGUCUUUCUAUGAAUUUGUGGAGGUUGACUAAAACUGCCGUUGGAUUUAAGAGCUUCUGUGGUCAUGUACGGACACUAACUAAGGUACAGCAGUGUCAACUAAAACUAAAAAGUCGAUGCAGUCAACUUUGGCGCCCUGACUACUUUCCGCAACACUUCGUGGUAGAGGCUGCCUCCCCGCGUCUCAGUUUCUAGACGUGACCGCCUGCAGAUACACAGGGCUUAUCCAAGCUGAUGUGACCGCAGAAAAAUAACAGAAAGCAAUUCUCCCAUGGUCUGUGUUCUGGUAUUAAGUGGUUCCAGAGAUGCAGAGAGAAGAUGACCCCUUAACACAGAAACACCCCUUUAAGCCCUCAGGGAUUUCAGGGUGCUGUGUCAUGAAAUAAAUUAAAUUGAAGCAUUUGAGCCACUGAAAUUUGACAAUUAAUGUGCCAUCACAAACCUUUUAAACACAGUUUGAUGUAUUUACAGUAUAGUUGUAAACAGGAACUAUUUCGCCUGCAAAUAAAAUCAAGAAUGUGUUAUUCAACAUAGAGUCAUUACUGAUAAAUGUAAUUAAAUAUUGACUGAAUUCAGUAACCAGCUUUUGGGCUGCAACAGCUUCAAAAUAACAAUCUACCAGAAGCAGAAAGUGGACUAAGUUGAAUACACACAGAGGAAGAGGAUGGCCCCUGAGAUCCAGGCAGUGGUACGUGCUACCCAAGCGUGGCUGCAGUCCUCCUGGCAUGUCCAGGUGCCCUUUGCCUGGCUGGAGGCCUGUGUGGAGUGGCUACAGCAAGAGGCAGGUCACCUGUCGCAGCAGCAGAUCAACCAACAGGCACUGGACCAGUGGCUGUUGACAGAUCUGAGGGACCUCGACUACCCUGUUCUCCCCGAAGGUCUUGCUGAGGCUCAGAAAACUGAACUCAGUGGCACCUUCUGUGUGCAGGUUGACUCAUUUCUGGACAUCAGUCAGCCUGCAUAUGGUCAGCUGCAGAAGUGGAAGGGCACAGACUGUGCCAACGAUGAGGUGUCUGCAGUCACACAGACAACCCAGAGGCCCUGGGAAGCCAGACCAACCCGUAUGCUACUGCUGCAGGUAACAGAUGGAGUCCAAAACUUAGAGGCCAUGGAGUAUCAGCCUAUCCCUGCACUCAGCUCAACACUCAGGCCUGGUGCGAAGCUGCAGUUGCAAGGACAGGUGGUUUGCCGACUUGGGAUGCUGCUGCUGGGGCCAUCCAACAUCAAAGUCCUGGGUGGUGAGGUGGAGGACAUGGUGGAAAGGAAUAACCGGGGCCGGGUGUUGUGUCGGACGCUGGGACUUCCUGAGGAGGAGCAGCAGCAGCAGCAGCAGCAGCAGCAGCAGCAGGAGGAGGGAGAAGAGGUCCCACAAGCACCACAACAAGGUAACGAGGAAAUGGGGGACCUGGGGCUUGAUGACGCGGAGCUGUUGGCCAUUCUGGAGGCGCAGGGGGGAGUGGAAAGGGUUCAGGUCGGGUCUGUUCAAGACAGUGGUUACAGGACACUCAGUGAGACCUCCACUCAGUUCUCGAGAAGCUCCUCUGUCAGGAGCCACGUCUUUGCAGCCUCAUCCAGAAGUGAAGCCUCCAUCAGCUCUUACAUAACGUCCCAGAGCAGCAGAGGUGGUUCGGUCCAAGGUGAUGGCCACAAUAACGAACAAGAGGAUUCUUACCCCUUUUACCACUUGCCUUCUGAUCACGAGAUGCAACAAGAGAUCCAAGACCACAGCAUGGCAGAAGAAGACUUUCCUGAUGAAGACUUUGAUGAUCUUCCCCUGGACGAGUUGGACAGUGUGAUUUUUCAGCAAACUACAAAUGUUGCAGAGCAGUCUGACAAAAAUCAUGGGAGCACACCACAAAAUAACAGCAGAAUAACAGGAAAUCCUAACAGUUUGGACAGAGCAACAAAAGCCCAAACUGCUCAGUUUGAGCAGCACACUGUGCACAGUGGCUCAGGGUCACGGUUUGGUUCUAGCAACUCCAGAUCCGUCACACAGAAAAGAGACUACCAAGGCUGUACUAAAGGAGCUACAGGGCAGUUGGCCACAGCAAGUUCCACACCUCUCUUUUCCCCAGCAGCUUUAGAGCCAUCACAUGAAGAAGAGUUUAUGACCAACGAUGAGAGCAUUUUUCUGGAUGAGGACAUGGACUGCUUUCUUGAAGAGGCAGAAACCUAUGGAGUCAAACCUGGGAGUACUGGAGGGCCAAAUCAGCUCCCUGUUCAACAAGGACCUAGAAAAGACAAAGAGAACGCUACCAACAAAACAGAAAGUUCAGGGUCUACAUACACACUUACAAGUGAAUCAUCAAGUAGUGCAACAGAUCACAGCUCACACAGCACAACUCGGGGGCCAACCUCAAACAUUGCAAACUAUGAAAGGCUUUCUGCUAAAAAGGAUCCACAGAGUGGCAGCACAGUCCCCACUCUGACCUCUCCACCUUUUACAUACUUGUGCCUGUUAGAAGAGCUGAUGUCCAAACCACAUCCCCACACCACCGAGAUCCGUGUCAAAGCUUUCAUCGUGACUCUCUUGGGGAAACUCAGCAGCAACAACGGCGUUUGGAGUGUCUGUGCAUCAAUAUCUGAUGGAACUGGCUACCUGGAUGUGGAGUUGUCCAAUGAGGUUUUGACAGGCCUGCUGGGCUUCUCUGUGGCGGAGAAGGCGGCUCUGAAGCGUGACCCAGCCCGGAGAGGUGAGCUUGAUGCUGGGAUGAAGAGAUGUCAGGAAGAGCUGGUGGACAUGUGCUGUGUUAUGACCAUCGUGGUUAAACCAGAGGGCAGAAAACCUGUGGUUGCCAAGGCUGACCAGGUCAAUGAGAAAGUACUCCAGGAGCUGGAGAAGAGGGUGAGAGACAGGAGAAAAUAAACACAGAGGAGAGGUUUAGGGGAAGUGGGUGAAAAUUGCUGGUAGCACAGAAAUAUAUUGCUCUUGAGUAGAGAUGAAAAAUUGCCAACAAAACCGAAGCAAAUAUAACACUUCACAUCAGCAUUCCCUUAAAAGUUUCCCUUCAUGGAAUGAAACUAAGGGUUUUUUUUUUAGGAUUGGUGAUCAACCUGCACUUCUUCUUCAGAUUUGGGGAGCAGAAUGUGUGAACUGGAUGUCUGAUAAUCAGCAAGCAGUGUGUUGCAAUGCAUCCCAUCUGGUAUAUGUGAAUGUGACAUUCUGUCAUUUGUCAUUAGAGGAUUUCAUUCAUCUAUUUAGAGAGCUAUUUCCUGCUUGAAACGCACUGCAUCAUCGCCAAGCAAAGUAAACAAAUGAAAGAUGGCACAUUUUAUCUAUAGUAUAUAUUUUUGAGUGGUUAUCAGCACAUUAAUGCAUACAAUCCAGAGUUGAUUAUUUCAAAUUGUUUAUAACAUUUAAAACUAUCCAAAGAUAAGAGUGAGGCAUUGAGUUGAGAGAAGGGAAUGGAGGGGGAAAAAUAAUUCCUACUCUGAUUAUUGUAAUGAAUUUCCAGCCUUUGCAUUCAUUCAGUGCACCCAUUACUUCUGACUGAAAAAUGAUUGAAUAUCCAAGGGCAGCAUUGGUCUUUAAUAAACUCCCCCAGUUGUGAUUGAGAGGAAAGGAAGAUAAAGGAGAGGCCAUGAGCUUCGAUUAUUUCCGUUCAUUAUAGAGCCUCAUCUAUGUUUUUGUCUUCAUUGAACACAUAUACCACAAAUGAUGCUUUGCCUGUAUUUAUUGUAUAUUGAAAUAAAAUUGUUCUGAAGGUUUUUAUAAUUUUCUGCACUUUAAUGAAAUGUGUGAAGUAGGGGUUCGCAUCUAAUUUUACCUUUCCUGUUUCAUUUGGUUUAUAAUAGUCUUAUUAAAUGCACCUUUGGGAUCGUAUUCACUGUUUAAGUACACAUAAUAGUAAUUAAAAGUAGCCCUGCAGUGUAAUCUGUUCUUGUAGCUCUGCAUAGAAGGAGCCAGAGAUCUCUUGUUAGGAAAAAAAAAUCUCAACAAUUU